AUGGCCAGCUUCAGGCGUUUUGCCGAUCUGCCCAAAGAGAUACGGGACAUGAUAUGGAGCGAUGCUAGUCAACGUGGCCUUGCAGGCGUCCAGAUCUUUGAACUUCGGACUCCCAAGCCGAAAGAAGAUGACGAAUCUUCCGACACAACGGCCUCGGGUAGUCGACCGCCCAAGCACCAACUCAAUGCGCCAUUGCGGAGCAAAUGCUUCCCUGCUCUUGAUGGUAGCCCAGGCACUUCGAAUGUGUCUAGAUACAUGGCUGACAUCGGAUUAUGGACUGCCUGUAAAGAAUCACGGGAAGUCAUGGAGAAGACUACACAGAGAUCUAAGAAAAUCCUUGAAAUGCAAGCAAAAGAAAAAUAUCGGUACUACCACUGGGAGGAACAUGUGCUCGCGAUUAUCUCUUGCAGCACUUCACAGCGAUUUCUGGUCCAGCCCCACGCAGAUCUCUUUGUGAUUCAGCCUAGCAAGAUCGAGGACAUCGGCUGGUGGCAGGUCGCUUGUGACAUCCGAAAGCAGUUUGAACCCAGAGAUUUUGCUUUCGAAAUCAACAUUGGGAUCGAAUGGAAAGUCGAGUGGGGAAUCAAACAGGAAGAUGGUGACUUCAAUCUGUUGUGCGAGGCCUUUCGCGAUAUCCAUGCCCAGUUAUGGAUAAUCGACACUAAUCUCAAAAGAAAAGAAGACAUGAACAAUAACACGAAUGACCGCUGCAGCAAAGUCUUUUAUGCUUGCGACAGAAAGUUCUUAGAGGUCGAUUUCGAAUAUAAACCUUUUGGAACGCUGGCGACAUAUCAUACCACCACCUGA